AUGCUCCUAUCCAUCAUUCUUCUCCUUCCACUGCAGCAGGGCAGCUCACCUCACCUGCAGCAGCAGCAGCAGCAGCAGCAGCAACAGCCGAAGCAGCAGCAGCAGCAGCAGCAGCAGCAGCAGCAGAAGGGGAUCCCCGGCAGCAGCAGGGGAUGGAGCAGCGAGAGCAGUGGAGCCGCCCAGGCGAUCCCAGACGAUCCCAGACGAUCCCCGGGUUUGGGUUCGCAUCAUGGUAUUAAACAUUACUACUUGUUAAUAAAAAAACAAAAACCCUUUUUCUCUUUCCCCCACGGCUCUUCGGGGGCCCCCCAGCAGCAGCAGCAGCAGCAGCAGCAGCAGCAGCAGCAGCAGCAGCUGCUGCUGCUGCUAGCCGCUGCAGCCGAUCCUCAGGCGGAGCCCAAUGCUGCUUCGGGGGCUCUCCGCAUGCAGCAGCAGCAGCAGCAACAGCAACAGCAGCAGCAGCUGCGACGGCAGCAGCAGCAGCAGCAGCAGCAGCAGCAGCAACAGCAGCAGCAGCAGCAGCAAGAAGAACAACAGCAGCAGCGUCAACCCGCAAGAAGGCGCUUUGUCUCAAGCGGGCUUCGCAGGCGCUGCUGA